CAUAAUAUAAUAUAAAUUUUGCCAAAUAAACAGUACUUUUCCAAACAGGGGACAUGAUUUCUGUACCUCUAGCAAACAAGAAAAGGGUUUUACCAUUCAGAGUUAUGAGGAAGUGAAACUUGAAGCAAACUAUUCGUGCUAAAAUGACCUAAGAAGUAACUCAACACGGUAGGUAUCUGCACUGUUGACUUUGCACGUACAUACACUAUUAACGCACCUUUCUUUGACUGGACGUGAAAGUAAUAAGAAGCUUCUUAAACACAUGAUGGCAACACGAACUACAAGCAAGGGUGAGUAGAAACACGCGUGUCCUUAAUAUGUUCCCUUCAAGUGUUGUCACUUUAUUUUCCUAACGUUGAAGAGCAGCCUCCCCCCUCGCCCCCUUUUCCUCACCCAUAUGGCCUUGCUCUUGAACUUUCAUAGUUUCAGGCGUCCAAUUCAUCGCACAGAAGGGAAAAUCCAGUUUCAGAGCGUUUUGAGUCUCAGUCAAAGAUUGUGCUGGAUUAUUUCUUAUUGCGUGGGAUCAAGAUGAAAAUUAAGAAGUUCUGGGGGGAAAAAUAUUUUUUCCCUCCAGAACUUCUACUAACCGUAAAAUUUACUUUUGUUUUUUAAAGGAAUUAUGUUCAUUUUCACUGUUCAGGCUUUUCCCAACAGCAUAUAACCUGGAUCUUUAGGAUCUGGGAAUUGCCACCCAAAUGAGGCAGGAACGGGAUGGCAUGUUUGUCUGUUUAUGUGUGGGCGUCUGAUUCCUUGUUUGCCAAUAUCCCCCGCAGAAUUUUGCCUCAAAGGCUGAGGGCAAGCCCCCGCCUCACAGAACACCCACACUUCUUCUCUGCAUCUCACAGAGCUUCAUUAGAAAGUAACAGCUUAUCUGAUCGCAAAAUUUGACUGGCAAAUUAGAAUAGAGGAAAUACCAUUGCUUUAGUGGCCUCGCUCGGAGCACACACGCUUAAGGGCAGUUUCUUUCUCGCCUCCAAAGGUGGUAUCGUGGGGUGAUGGUGUUGAUGACGUGGAGCUUUUUAGCAACAAUAUAAAGUUGGGCUGAGUGGACAGCCAGAGUCAUCACAGCUACUCCAACCCAACUUCUGCUCUUUGCCUUGCAGUGAUCUUUUCAGAGUAACUCAUCCAAAUGAAGAUUUUAUCAGUCUGGACAUUUGGGCUUCUCCUAUUCACCUUUGGGGGAGCACAUGGACAUGAAGUCUUUCCUGAAAACUUUGUGGUGGUGAAGAAGAACGAUCCUCGGCCAGUCACGCUGACCUGCAACACACAGGCGGAGAAAGUUGAUUCGUGGACGUUAGACGGAGAAGAAGUGGAGUUUGACAGCUACGUCCGGAUGGAGGGGCCAAACCUCAAAGUGUCUGAAGUCGAUGCCCCCAUGUUGGGGAAAUACAGCUGCUGGAGUGGGGGCAAAAUGCUCUCAUCUACUUAUCUGUUCCAGGAGCUCGAGGAAGAAGGGGAUUUAGAUUCUUUGCUAAGUUGUCGAGCAAAGUCCUAUGAUUGUAAUUUCACAUGCAGCUUGAAGGACAGUAGAUUUACAGCAGUCCGCCUCGGACUUGGACAAGACUGCAGUGAAGGUCAGCAAUCGUGUCAGUGGGAAAGCAGCAGCAGCAGCAGCAGCAGCAGCAGCCAUGAUGGGGAACUCCAGUUUGUUCUGCCUCAUUCCCUGUCACCUUAUGCUGAGGAAAGCACCAUGCUAGAACUGACUGCAGAGGCCAUCAACAUGUAUUACAUCCUCCGCAGAACCAAGACGUUUUACCUCAGAGACAUCAUUCAGCCUGACAGUCCUGAGAUAGUGAGGUGUGAGGAGGUCGGCGAGCAGCUAAACGUGAGCGUUGACCCUCCUCCCAGCUGGUCCACGCCUCACAGCUUCUUCAGUCUGGAGUACGAGAUCCAAUACGAGCUAAAAGAUGAUGGCACGAUUGAGAACUCUUUCUCCACUCUGAUACCAAGGAAGAUCAACCGGCUGAGGGUUCGCUCCAGGGACUCGCUGGUGCUCUCAGCCUGGAGUCAGUGGACUGCAUGGCAAAAUGUUAGAAAAGGGAAAAAGAACCGUCACCGGUGCAAAAAGAGACACCAAGGUGACCUUCAGGACUCCACACCUGGGUCCUCGGACCGCCUGAAGACGAAACGGAGGAAGCAUAAAAAAAAGAAAAAGGGAUUAUUUAAACAAAACGAGCACUGAUCGUACGACGGAAACUAAAGCAACAUAUAUGUUCUUUUCCACUAUAUGUGGGGAUGGACUAAAGGUGGACAGUCCAUAAAAGGAAGGGAAAAUUUUAAAAAGAAAAAAAGCCUUAAGAAGUAUUUCUUCUGAAGAUCAAAAGUUUUAGAUCCUUCGAAGCGAAAUCCAAUUCAAGUGUUCAUUUUUUCUGUUCACUUUUGAACUAAUUUACAGACAGAACUUUGUGAUAAAGUUUAAAUUAUUCACAAUUUUGUAAAGAGUUUGUUGUAACCGUAUUGCUUUUAUUGUCUUUGUGCUGUGAUCACUCUCUUUUUAUUUGUUUCUUUUUUUAUAUAAAAAGCAUCUGUUAAUGGGUUUAUUUUUGGUGAAAAUGUCAGUUUUGAUACAAGCAAAACAAGGAAAUAAACCGGUUAUUAGGGUUUUGGAGGAUAAACAGCUGCUGUGGAGACGAGUUUAUGUAAGACUGAUGCUAAAUUAUAAAUAAGAAGUUCUAAAUAAAGUCUGAAAAGGAAUCUUCUCCAAAACUUAUUUUCAACUCAUGUUCAAUUUGACAGUGGUUGUGUUUAGUGUUCAUCUAACA